AAAAAAAACAAAUAUUUUUGAAGAAAAUAUUGCGUUGAAAAGAGACUAGCAAGUGUUCUACAGAGUAUUUACGCUGCAUUUGCCAUCACUAUCAGACAAAGGAGGAACUGACAUAACAAAGAAAUGCUGAAAAUUUGCAAAAUAAAUGCCUGUCCGAAUGGCACACUGGGCCUACACCUGAGUCGAGCGCCCUGGGAUCCCUAUCCGUGGGUGAGUGGUAUACAGGAGGGCUCCAGCGCGGAAGAAGCCGGCAUGCGCGUCGGUGAUACAGUGCUGGAGUUCAAUGGCAACGAUGUGUUGGGACAGAAAAUUUUUGAAAUUGCAAGUAGAAUACGGGAACAUUGGCAGAGUGGUGCAACCGAUGUAAGCGUGGUGAUUUGGCGCAAUCAAGCGGAGGAGGUCAGCAGCUGCAGUGAGGACAAUGAUGAAGAUUAUGAAGAAGCGAGUCAUUCCAGCAUUAAUCAGCAGUCACUGCAGAAGUUCGCCACAUGCCUGCAACACAUUGCCCAAUUAUUGGAGUGUCCUGUUUGCCUUGAGGUGAUUCGGCCACCUGGUUGGCAGUGCUGUAACGGACAUGUGUUGUGCAACAACUGCCGCAGUCGUUCGGUCAAAUGUCCGGUGUGUCGUGUGCCGUUAGGGCCCAGAGGACGCUGCCUGCUCGCGGAUAAAUUAUUCACCGUGUUGGCUGAGAGUUUUCCCUGUGAUGGCGUUCGGAGCAGUCGAAAUUCCCCAAAGGAGAAGCGCAAAUGUUCACCUGAAUCCAAGGGGCGUCCCAAGGCGACUACAACAGCAAGAAUUCAGCAACAUGAAAGUGAUCAGCAACACCCACAUCACCAACACCAACAACAACAGCAACAAAUCAAAGCCAAAGAAAUGCAACAGCAAGAUAAGAAGAAGGUCAAAACUGCUGUUGGUAGCCAAAAGAAUGCGUCGAAUGGAAAAGUUGCUGCCAAGGAAUGCACAGCAACACCAAAUGCUCACGCUGAGGCAGCACAACAAGUGAACAGCACGACUGACAAUUGCAAGGGCAACAACAAAAAGCUAGCGGAGGCUGCAGGAGCUGAGAACGGCAGUUCAACGCAACGCUGUCACUGGCAAUGGCGGCGGAGUCGGGCGCGAGUUGGCAAAGAACAGCAGCAACAACAGCAACAGCAGGCGAGUGAAGCAUCAGAGCAAGUUCAUAAAAGUUACGCAGAUGAGCAAUUGUCCAUCACAGCGUCCAGGGCGGCGACAGCAUUGAGGAGGGUCCCACCAACAACAACGACGACGAUGACGACAAAUGUCAGUUGUUGAAGAGUACAGUCCUAUAACUUAAGAGAACUAGCGCGGUAUUAAGGAGGUUGGAGGGGUGUUUGCGAUGCUUUUUGUGUAACUGUGGGCUGGACCACGCGCGUGGUUGGGUGAGGGGCUUGAAAAGUAUUGCUGGGCGGUUGCAUGUGCGUGGCGUUGUGACGGAAGGAAAUGCGCUGGUCAACAAUGUGCUCGUUAAACUCAAGUUGGAGUCAAGUAAGAAAUCAGCAGAUAACACAAAACAAGGUAGAAAAGUCACGAAAUGUUCAACAAAAACGAACGCCAGGCUAAGAGUACGAAAGUAACAAUUUAAGUCGAAAACUAAAAGUAGAAGUAAAUAAAGUAAAAAAAGGGCAGAGCUGUUGCAGUUGCAAAGAUGAAGUUCCAAACAACAACAACAACGAGUUCUGCAACUAAAAUAAAACAACAUUUAUAAUGCCCAGAUUAGCAGUUGUUGGCAUUAGGCGAGCCGAGCUGAGCCGAGCCGCGUGUGGCACGCCGUUGUGUUUUGCCGCUGGCAGCUACUGCUGGGGAUUAGCAACAAUAUCAAAAUUAUCAUUGUCCAACUGGGAAAUCAUGUGGCAUUUGGAACGUGCAACAUUCAGCACAUUGAAGUGUGGUGAAAAAGCGACCAAAACAAUGAGUGGCGCUGUGCUGGCAAUACAGCAACAAUAGUUUUUGCAACAAAUUACGGCAAAUAACAGUGUGUAACGACGGCACUAUCAACAACAACAAGCUGAGACAACACAAUAUGUAGUAAGGCAACAAUCAAGUAGUUUACACAGAGAUGUGGCAACACACUUUGAGGUACAGUGUGGCAAAAAUUGCUUUGAGAAUGACUUAGGCAUUGACUUAUGUGUAUAGUUUAUUGAUAGCACGCCUUCAAUGAUACUUUUUACCAUAAUUCUGAAAUUCAAAUAACGCAAAAUUUUUUUUUUUAAUUUUUGCUUAUUAUCACUAAUAAAACUUGUUAUGUAACUAGUUAUGAACUAGUUGUUUAUGUACCAGUUUGUAUUUAGCCAUAUUUGGAUAAAUAACGAUGUAGUUAGAAACAAAAAUUAAAAAAAAUUUAUAUUAAGAAGUAAAAAAAAUACUUUGAUAUUAUUUGAAAUCAAGUUUUAUGACUCAAAUAUCCUGAAACCCCCUAAUAUUGUAAGCUUUCAUUCCCAAAACCAAUUUAUGAAACUUAAGUGGCACUAUCGUCCCACUGUAGCUCAUGAUAAUUUUCAAAAACAUAAUAAAUUCUCAUCGAGCGUCCAAGUGCAUUGCAGUCAUUAGGUGCUUCGUCUAGUUGUAGGCUAGUCUUCUUCGCCAAAGCAGCUAAUGGUAAGAUAGAGAUUAAGACUCGCAAUUCCGUGUAACAACAAACAAUUCAUCAGCACAAAUGAAGGCUUUGCAAGAUUGGCGCACAGUUGUGGAGAGCUGCAAAGUGGCCGUUAUUUCAACGUUUAAUAUUGUUAUGAAAGAAGUAAAGUUUCAGUCUUUUGUAGGUAAAUUGUAGGGAAAUCAUGUUUUACAUCAUCUGCCUCUUUACGUAUCCGAAAAUUACGAAACCUCAAGUAUACCACUUCCAAUUGAUAUUUUUAGUGUAUCGAGACAGUGCCUUUCUUUCACGCUCUCUCUCUUUAUCUGUCUAUUUCUCUCUAUAUAUAUGUAUAUAUAUAUCUCUCUGGCUUACUCACCUUCUAGGCGGUAGCUAGUAAUUUCGUCAGUCUAUGGAGAAGUCAGCAAUGAAGAAGUAUGUAUAUUGAGUACUUUUUUUGAAAAUUCAUUUCGAGAUCAAAGGACUCUUAGGGAUGACAGGCAUACAUUUGGGCAUAACAAUCUAUAUGUGAAUUAGAUCAGCAAACUUUAAUUGGAGUAUACAUAUAUGUAUACGUGCUCUCUUCUCGUCAUAAUUCUCUCUCUCUAGUUUCUUUUACUUUCCUUUUCAACCUUAGCUAGUGAUUUCCCCAGUCAAUGACGAAAUCUCUAAUGAAAUUUUAGAAAUUUUAUUUCGAGAUCAAUGGACUCUUAGAAAUGGUAAGCGUAAAGUCUUAAGUUCUUAAAUUUUAGCAUUAUAAUUUUUAUUGGAAAUGGAUCGACAAUUUUACUGAUUGUUUCUAGGAUGGUUAUCCUCUAUUUCCUUUUAAUAGAUUUUUUUUUUACUUUCUGUUUGCAUUACAAAACUUCUGCUCUUUAUUCGCGUUUCUUCGCAGGAUCUUAUUAUUAUCUAUGAAUAAAAUCCAGUUUUGAACCUUUCUGGGAAAAGUUACAGUGGAAGGCUGACUGAGUAGUGGAAGCUAUCGAAUCCAUGACAGAGUAAUCAUAGUCCACAAAUGUGUGCUACUGUAUGUAUAUAAAAAAUUGGUUCUACUUGAGACAGUUUCUAGACUCUAUUGUAUAUACAAGUACUGAUAUACAAAUAUGACAUUGUAAUCUGCUGAUAAACCAAUGACUACUUUUAAAGGGUUUCCGGUAUUGGAUUACCAUUUUGCGAAUAUAUUGUAAUUCCGCGCUAGAUAAUUAAGUAAAUAAAUUUUGUUUAAAAUCAUUAUAACAUGCACAUCUUAGACUUAGAUAAAUGUAGUCGAUGAUAUGGCCUUUACUUGUCAUAUAAUUUUGUCAAUG